UGCUAGAGGUUGCUCAGUGCUUCUGUGGGAGAAGGACAGAGACCGACAUGGAGCAGGGGAAGCGUCUGGCCGUCCUCAUCCUGACAAUCUCUCUUCUUCAAGGUACAAUUGUCCAGUCGAAACAAGGAAACCAUUUGAUAACAGUGAAUGACAAUCAAGAAGAUGGUUCAGUACUUCUGACUUGCAACUUGAAAGGCAAAGAUAUCAAGUGGUUUAAAGAUGGGAAGGAAAUAACUACUACAAAUGAAAAAACAUGGAACCUGGGAAGUAGUUUGAAGGACCCUCAAGGGACAUAUUGGUGUCAAGGAUCAGCGAACAAUUCACAAUCACUCCAAGUGUAUUAUAGAAUGUGUCAGAACUGCAUUGAGCUGAAUGCAUCCACUGUGUCUGGCUUUGUCUUCGCCGAGAUCUUCAGCAUUUUCUUCCUUGCUGUUGGGGUGUACUUCAUUGCUGGACAGGAUGGAGUUCGCCAAUCAAGAGCUUCAGACAAGCAGACCCUGUUGUCCAAUGACCAGCUCUACCAGCCCCUCAAGGAUCGGGAAGAUGACCAAUACAGCCACCUUCAAGGAAACCAACUGAGGAGAAAUUGAGCUCAGGACUCCGAGGAGCUGUGUCCUACAUCAUUUCCAAGGCAGUGCCUUCGCAUUCCCUGCCCUCCCCACUGUGCCAAGUCUGUCUCCUUUCCCCAAGCAGCUAUGAAGACCAGGGGUGAGGGGUGGGCUGAUUGUGGAGGCCCAUUUCUAAAGACACAGGGGCUAGUGCUAAUUUUCUUGACCUAAAACAUAUGAAAGCUGUGUAUAACUUUACAUCCUUUCAGAAGAGGAAUGCUGAAUAUUAAUCUUAUUUCUAUAUAAA